CUGGCCUUGAAAAAAGUUUCGAGCCACCUCUACUCCUUCAUCGCUUCGUGCAUUCGUGCGGCGGCCAUGAAGGAUCGCCUGCGACCGUAUCGAAACAUCAUCGCUUUCUGGAUCUUGGGUCUUUUGAAUAACUUCCUCUAUGUCGUGAUGAACGCUGGCGCCGAAAACAUCAACGAGGCUGGAAUCGCUUUGGUCUACUUGGUCAACGUUCUGCCAACGUUGCUGGUGAAGUUGACUGGUCCGUACUGGUUCCACUACGUCAGCUACAGGUGUCGAAUCAACUUUAACUCUGCAUUGAUGGCCCUGUGUCUGGUGAUCGUAGCUUGGGGUCAGAGCACUGGUGUGAAAUUGCUGGGAGUGGCCAUUUGUUCCUUGGCCUCGGGGAUCGGUGAGGCGUCGCUGUUAGCCAUGGCCAGCUUCUACGAAGCCAAGCCCUGCCUGGCGGCCUGGUCCUCGGGCACCGGCUUCGCCGGCAUCGCGGGGUACGCCUGGGCGCUGGCCUUUGGCGCGGCGGACACGUGCUUCCAGGUGCAGCUCAUGGUUGCGCUGUGGAUUCCCAUUGCCUGGUCCCUGACCUUCUUCUACAUCCUGGGACCGCCCUGGAUCGACAAGGAACGUGGGGCAGAUAAGAUUGUGGCCUGUGACGACGGCGAGAUCUCCAGCUCCGAAUCUGUCGCCUCGGACAUGGGCUCCGACACCACGGAACACAGCGCUUCGGAGCUGGUCACGGCGCAGCUCAGCAGCAAGGAGCGCUUUUGCUUCAUCCUGGGUCUUUGGCCUUACAUGGUCCCAUUGUUCUUGGUCUAUACCGCAGAAUACACGAUUCAAGCGGGCUUUUGGGCUGCCAUGGGUUUUCCAGUGACCAACCGCGCUUCACGACAUGCCUGGUAUAAGUGGGCGAACUUCACUUAUCAAAUUGGUGUGUUCAUCUCAAGGACCUCUUUUGUCCUCAUUUGCAAGAAUCGGAAGCUUCUGUGGUUGGGAGGAGUUCUGCAACUUCUCAUGGUGGGUUUCUUUGCUGCGGCUGCAACGAAGCCUUUCGGCAGCUGGUGGCUGCUGGCCCCUGCCCUCUUCGUGGGCUUUCUGGGUGGCGGUGUUUACGUGGGAGCCUACUCCUUGAUCGCCCAGGAGCAAGAUCCUGCAUAUGUGGAGCUGGCAUUGUCGAGUGCCUCUGUUGCUGAUACCUUCGGCAUCAUUGUGGCUGAUAUUCUGGGAUUGAUCGUGCAAGGCUGUGUCUUUGGACAUAUGGAGGUGCUGGAUACCUCUCCUGAUUUCAAGUGUGGCUACGACGAGAUUUGGAGUCACUUGAACCGCACCUUGGCUUCAAUGGCCUCCAGAAUGCCUCCAGAAUUGGUUCAAGAUGGCAUACACCGAACAAAAACACCAUACAUCCAGAGAAUCGGCUCUCUCAAAGUUGUCUCACUUGCUGACUUGUCCGAUAGUGAAAAAACAUGUUCAAUCUGUAUAGCAGCAUCCAGCAUCACAUAGCCACUGCAGAACUUAUUUCAGGCACUGUUGCUACACAGCACUAUGCAGCCCAUUGUUUCCCGGGAGUUCGUGGAUGAUGUUUCCAUGGGAGGUAACCUGCAGCGGGGGCGCUGCCGAAAUCGUCCCUCACACCUUGGGGCAACGGCCAAGAAAAGGUGUGCUGUACCAGGUUGUACGAUGUUG